GUCGGCCCGGUGCUUAUCGGGGCUCAGGGCGCUGGGGGCUUUUUGGUGCCGAUCCCUCCCGUCAAAUGGCCGUCAAAUGUUGACGGGGCAGGCCAGGAGUUUGCCAUCUUUGCAUGAAGGGACAGGCAACUCGGGAAGAGUGCAAGGAUGUUGCUAGCAUGCGCAGGGAGAAAAUUCGACAGGCCAAAGCCCAGCACGACCUUAAUAUGGCCGCCAUUGUUUGAGAUGAUUAAAACUAUGUUUUUACGAACAUAUUAAUAAGAGCAAGAGGAGGGCCAAGGAGAAUCUCCCUUCUUUAUUCAACGCGGUGGGGAACAUCACCAUCGAGGAGGAGGGAAAGGCUGAAGUUCCCAACGCCUUCUUCACUUCUGGCUUUAGCAGUGAGACCUGCUAUCCCCAGGGUACUCAGCCCCCUGAGCUGGAAGACGGGGCCGGGGAGCAGAAUAAACGCCCCUCGAUUCCCAGUGCCUUCUUUACUUCUGUCUGUUUCUGACUGUUGCACCUGUGCUGGACGUGCCGUUACUAUGAGUAACCCAAGGAGAACCGGACAGUAUAUAUAUGUAUGGACUCUGCAAAAACUUUGCGCGCGCUUUUCCCUUGUUGUGUUUUCCUUCCGCCUGUGAUCGACCGAGAAAGAGAACCCGCCCCCCCCCCCGCUUCCAACCGGAAUCAUGAAACAUUGUCACACUGCGGUGGUAACCAUCUCUGCAUUCCUGUAACAAAUCCUUGCUUUUCUUUUCUGUCUUUUCACUAUUGCUUUCGUCAUCCCACCUCCCAUCCCCAGGCCUAGCUAACCAAAACGUUUUACAAUAAACCGGUUGGGCAAAUAUUUGUCUCCUUUCUGAGUUUUAAUCUCACGUUGGCUAUACGUAUAUAACGAACCGUCUUGCUACCGAUACUUGGAGCCAGACAGACGCCCACCUCCAAGAAGGGUUGGAUGGAGGAUCCGGGGAACUACAGGCCUGUCAGCCUGACCUCGGUAUCGGGGAAGGUCAUGGAGCAGAUCACCCGGAGUGAGAUCACAGGGCGUGUGCGGGACAACCAGGGGACCGGGCCUAGCCAGCGCGGGUUCCUUAAAGACAGGUCCUGCUUGAUCGACCCGAUCUCCUUCUAUGACCAGGUGACCCGACUAGUGGAUGAGGCAAAGGCUGUGGAUGUAGUCUACCUAGACUUCAGUGAAGCCUUUGACUCUGUCUCCCACGGUAUUCUCCCAGAGAAGGUGGCAGCCCAUGGCUUGGGCAGGUGUACUCUGCUGCGUCAAAACCUGGCUGGACGGCCGGGCCCAGAGAGUGGUGCUGAAUGGAGUUCAAUCCAGCUGGCGGUGGUCGCUAGCGGUGUUCCCCAGGGGGUCAGCGUUUGGGCCAGUCCUGUUUAAUAUCUCGAAUGAUGAUCUGGACGAGGGGAUUGAGCGCACCCUCAAUAAGUUUGCAGGCCACACCAUGUUGGGAGGAAGGCUUGAUCUGCCUGAGGGUAGGAAGGCCCUACACAGGGAUCCGGAUGGGCUGGAUCGUUGGGCCGAGGCCAAUUGUAGGAGCAUCUACGAGACCAAGCGCCGGGUCCUGCACUUUGGUCACAACAACCCCAUGCAACGCAACAGGCUCGGGGCAGAGUGGCUGGAAAGCUGCGCGGAAGAAACGGAUCUGGGGGCAUUAGUCAACAGCCGCCUGAACAUGAGCCAGCGGCGUGCCCAGGGGGCCAAGAAGGCCAACGGCAUCCUGGCUUGGAUCAGAAAUCACGGAGUCAGCAGGACGAGGGAGGUGAUCAUCCCUCUGUACUCGGCGCUGGUGAGGCCGCACCUCGAGUACUGCGUGCAGCUUUGGGCCCCUCACUACAAGAAAGACGUUGAGGCUCUGGAGCGUGGCCAGAGGAGGGCAACGAAGCCGGUGAAGGGACUGGAGCACAAGACCUAUGGGUAGCAGUUGAGGGAACUGGGAUUGUUUCGUCUGGAGGAGGGGAGGCUCAGGGGAGAGAGACCUUAUCGCCUCUUUACAACUACCCGAAAGGUGGUUGUAGCGAGGUGAGGGUUGGCCGCUUCUCCCAGGUAACUAGCAACGGGACAAGAGGUAACGGCCUUAAGUUGCGCCGGGGGGAGCUUCAGGUUGGAUAUGAGGAAAAACGUAACAAGUUGUCUUAUUCCGCUUCUUCAAACGGUUUAAUUCAGAGUCAUUCACAGCUGCGAUCGUCACUCACGCAAGCGGAUCUACUGCUGACAAAUCGAGAUUCCUUGAGGAACGGCCACACAGUAAUUUCAUUUAGCAAGUUUCAACUAUUUAGAUUUUAAUGCAAAUAUUUAUUAGCAUUUUGAAACUCCCCCACUCCAGUAAGCCUUGAAUGCAAUCGCAAUUCAACAAAGACUCAAGUAAAGCCAGAGGCCUAACAAAGCACGAGAGGUGAUUACAUGCAAAAGCCUUACGGUGCCUGUAGCUACCCCUCCUACUGGUUAUGGAACAAUACUACGGCUUUUGUUUUUUUGGUUUUUUUUUGCUUUAUUGUUUGUUUGUUUGUUUGAUUGAUUGUUUUUUUAUGUUUUGUUCAUAUGUAAAAAAAAGAGAAAUGGACAAGGGCAGCCGAGUCUCAAAGACAGCAGAAGCGCAACAAUCGCCGACUCAAGUAUCACAAAGUCUUUUCCAUUUGGGAAAGUUUCCGCGGGAGAAAUUAAUUCUCUACGUCGCAAAAUCCGCGACUGAAAAGAAAGCAGUGGCAAAACUCCGAGUUUGGUUAAGAACAGGCUGACGCGCACCGGUCAGAAAUCAUGCAGGUAGAGUUUAUUUGGCCUCGCGACGGGGCCAUACAACAGACGACAGCUGGAAGCUUUCUUCCUACCUUAUUCUUCGCUAAUUCUACGCCUGCUGCUUGUCGAUGCUGCUAGUACGCGAUAAAACCCACGCCCUUUUAUUUGGAAGCUGGGGGAAGACAGCAAGGCCUCAAACACACAGCACAUCCUAUAUUAUCUUUGGGAGACGGAGACCCACCGUUUUAACUUGCAGAACCAUUCCCAUCAGUAAGACACGCGAGACAGAGAUGAUAUCCCCAUGCUCCAUCUUUAUUCUGCAAAUGCUGCUCAAAGCUUUUCAUUACCCUCCAUAGGCACCCACCAAAAACAAUUACAUGUCACCGGUGGCUAGGCUGACGGGCAACACGUGAAACCCAUUCGGUGGCGAUCCGUACGCG